AUGGAGAGCAAAGUCAUUGUCAUUCAUCAUGGAUCCUAUUCACUAAAGAUUGGCUUGGCAUCUGAUGCUGCUCCGAAAAUCAUACCCAAUUGGAUAGCUAAACGAUUAAAGAUACCUCCAUCAUCAUCAUCAUCAUCGACUAUACCAAUACCAUCAAAUCAAUCUCAACAAACUGUAGAUAUAACAACUACGACAACUGAUGAUAGUAAUGAUAAUAAUGGUGUAAAGAUGGAAAUAAAACAAACAACAGGAGAAAAUGAACAACCGAGUAAAGAUGAUGUUGAAAUGAAAGAUAAUGACAAUGUUGAUGGUUCACAUCAGCCAUUGUCUCAGAAUACUACCAUUGUUCAUGAUGAAAAUAAUAAUAAUAAUCAAGAAGAUAGUACAAAACAACAACAACAAGAGGUAGAAGAUCAAUCUGGGAAACAGACGACUAGCCCUGCAAUUACAAUAGUAAAGACACCAUCACAAAGUCAAGAGAUUAUUCAAUAUAGAGUUGCAUCAAUUGAAUCUAUACAAAAAUAUAUUAAAGAUAAUAUAUCUAAUUUACCAUUACAUCCAAAUGAUCAAAAACACAACAACUACAAGUAUAUAAUUAUACCAGAAUCAAAAUUUAUUAGUGAAGAAAAGAUACCAAAGAAAAGGAAAAAGAAACCCAUGGUUGUUGAUAAUGGUAAACCACAACAACCAUUGUUUGAGAAACCAAUUAAUUUUGAACAAGACAACUUUUGCAUUGGAGACGAUGCCAUUGAAAUAUCAAAAGAUACCAAUGAUCAUUGGAUGGUAUAUCAACCCAUGUUAUCCCCAACUACAUUUAAUCUCGCCACUCAAUCUUCUUUUCAAGCUCUAUCAGCUGAUUUAAUUGAAAUGUGGAAAUAUGCAAUUCAAAGAUACCUAAAUAUUAAUCCACAAGAUUUAAAUAAUUAUGGAUGUGUAUACAUAAUUCCAGAUACAUUUGAUAAAAAAGAAGUCAAAGAAAUUACAUCUCUAUUAUUAUGUGAACUAAGAUUUACUAGUGUUUUAUUAUAUAGACAAUCAGUUUGUUCAUUAUUUGGAGCAGCAACUGGAACUGGAUGUGUAGUUGAUAUUGGGUAUAAACAAAUAUCGAUAGCAUGUGUAGACGAAGGGUAUUUGAUACCUCAAUCAAGAGUAUCACUUGGAUACGGUGGUGAGAAUAUAACUAAACUAUUGGAAUGGUUACUCUACAAAAACGAUUCAACACCAACACACAAACCAAUCCAUCAGUAUCCAUUCCCAAUCGAUCAAUGUAAUAUAACCAUCCCAUUCUAUUUAAAUUUAAUUGAUUCUAUUAAAAUCAAUAAUUUAAAUUUAUUUAUUAAUGAUGAAAAAAAGAUUAGACAAUCAAUUUGUAAAGUAAAAGAAACAAUUAAAUCAAAAAAAUAUAAAGUUUAUCAAUUCAAUGGCGACAUUGUAUUUAAAGUACCAGCACUAUCAUUAUUCUAUCCAAAAUCAUUUAAAGAAGAUGAAAUCAAUAAUGAACAGACAUCAACAAACAACAAUAAUGGAAACAACAAGAAUAUUGGAUCCUCCAAACAAUCGCAAUCAAGAAAAAAUAGAUUAGCAGAUUAUGAAGAAUUGUUUGAAGAGACAAUGAGUGAAAAGACAAGUAGUACCGAUCCAUUGUAUCCAUUGGACAAGGCGAUUUACAAAUCCAUCAAUAUGGUUGGUGAAAAGAUGGAUACUCGAAAAAAGUAUCUACAAAACAUGCAAUUGGUUGGAGGAGGAUCACAUAUCCCUGGCAUCCAAGAGAUUAUUAGAAAUCGAAUCAAUAUCAUUCAUCAACAAUACCAACAAUCAAAAUUUGAACAACAACAGCAACAGCAACAGAAUAAUCAACAACAAACAAAUAAUCAGCAACCACAACCAAUAAUAGAAGAAUUAAUAGUACUAUUUCCAACUACACAAAAACAUGAUAUUGAUCCAACGAUAAUGGGUUGGAAAGGUGGUGCUAUCAUUGGAUGUUUAGAAUCGAGCAGAGAGAUUUGGAUUACUCGUGAUGAAUGGAAAGGUGGUCAAAACUCUUCUUAUAUUUUAAAAGAAAAGUUAUCAUUCUAA